AUGACAAGUUGCUCAUGGAAUUCUGAUUUAUUGCAGGAGCCGAAAAUCGGAAUGAGUCUUUUAGAACGUCAAUGGUCAACUCAAGCUCAUAGUUCAGAUAGUUUGAAUUAUAAAGUGAAAGCGUCAUCUACUGGACAAUCAAUCGUUACUUCAGAGGCAUUGAGUGGAAUCACGAGUAUCUGGCUGAGUUCUCAAGUUGGUUUGCCAAAAAGUGCAUGGUGUUGCUGUUCACCAUUCUAUCGAAGUUGUUUGUUAGCUCUCAUUAUUACUUUAAUUAUUGCUGGUAUAAUUAUUGGAAUUAUUGUUGCACUUUAUAUGAAACAAAGUAGUGCAGUCGCAGAUAGCUCAACAACAGCCACAACUUUAGCAGCAACCACAACCUUAGCAACAAUCACACACUUAGCAACAACUACAAGCUUAACAACAACCACAAGCUUAGCAACAACCACACACUUAGCAACAACUACAAGCUUAGCAACAACCACCAGCUUAGCAACGGUAACAGCUUCAGCUCAAUUUUGCGUGAUUGAAACUGUUUUCAAUCAAACAUUAACUGUAACAUGUCAUCAUUAUCUACCUGUCUAUGGCAAGAAGCAACGGUUUUUAACUGCAUUUAAUUUGAAACCAAAUGACUUAUUGUAUGUCCAAGAUGGAGUUAACGUGCACCCAGUUGCAUUAAAAAAUGUUUACCGAGAGUCUAACUGUGGUUUAUAUACACCCGAAACAUUUGAAGGGACAUUGAUUGUUAAUGGUUUGGCCACAUCUUGUUAUACAGAAACAAUAUCAACUGUUACACAUGAGACAGUGCAUUUUAUAUUAACACCGUUUCGGUGGUAUUAUUGGUUGGCAAAACUAGUCUCAGUUCAAGAGCCCUUUAAACGGCAACAAACAUUAGCAUCAGGAUACAUGUCUUUUCCUAUUCAUUUUUAUCUCCUAUUAUAUGUUGCUGAAGUUUAA